AUGCUUUCGUUUUUCCGUAAAAGAGCGUCGGAAGAGUUGACUGCUACACCGUCAAACUCGAGAACCCACACCACUGGUGCAACAGGAUCUGUUCCUCGCCGGCGUACGCUUCAGGAACUGGGUUAUCGAAACACAGAUGACUUGAGAGAAACCAUUUAUGAUUUCGUAAGGACAAUUCGGGAUCCAGAAAAGCCAAACACCUUGGAAGAUUUGCACGUGGUGUACGAGGAUGGCAUAAUCGUGAACGAUCCUACACCCGGUAACGUGAAUGUAGUACGGGUCGAGUUUAAUCCUACUGUUCCACAUUGUUCCUUAGCCACCCUGAUAGGGCUGUGCAUAAGGAUCAAAAUUGAGAGAAAUAUAAAUCAUUAUCUGAAGCUGGAUAUAUACAUUAAAAAAGGUGCUCAUACGACGGAAGAUGAAAUUAACAAACAGAUCAACGAUAAGGAGCGAAUAGCAGCUGCAAUGGAAAAUCCAAACCUUAGACAAUUAGUAGAAAAUUGCAUCAAGGAUGAAGAUUAAAAGACUGAACUGUUGAAAUGGUAAAAUUCUUUGUGGUCUUUUUGAGGUGUAUGGGAUUGCUUUUUUAGCCCUUGUAGAAGU